UAACUUCCCACCACCACCCUCAAACCCUCGAACCUCUCUCUCUCUCUCUUAAAUUGAACUUGUUUGUUCAGUUCUCUCUCUCCUCAAUCCCAUGGCGAUUAUUACACACAGAGUCUCUCUCCUCCUUCUUUCCAUGGCUAUCAUCUUUUUAGAAACCAGAGUUUCAUCUACCCUCUUCACGCUUCAAAAUCGAUGCACCUACACAGUCUGGCCCGGCACAUUGUCCGGCAAUGGCGCCGCUGUCCUCGGUGGGGGCGGCUUCGCAUUGGCCCCUGGCGCAUCAACCCAACUCCCCGCUCCACCGGGCUGGUCGGGCAGAUUCUGGGCCCGAACGGGCUGCAACUUCGAUUCCUCCGGCGCCGGCAACUGCUCCACCGGCGAUUGCGGAGGCCAGCUUCGGUGCUCCGGCGGCGGCGCUCCGCCGGUCACCCUUGUCGAAUUCACCCUCGGAGACAACAACAAGAACGACCAAGACUUCUACGACGUGAGUCUCGUAGAUGGGUACAAUGUGGGUAUGGGAGUGAAACCCUCCGGCAGCGGCUCCGGCGACUGUCAGUACGCCGGCUGUGUCUCCGACGUCAACGGAAACUGCCCUCCGGAGCUUCGGGUGACCGGAGCUUCCGGAGCGGUGGUGGCUUGCAAGAGUGCUUGCGCGGCUUUCAAUGCGCCGGAGUUUUGUUGCACCGGCGAUCAUUCAACGCCGGAGACAUGUUCGCCGACGCAGUACUCAGAGAUGUUCAAGAAUGCGUGCCCGACGGCGUAUAGUUAUGCGUAUGAUGAUGCGUCGAGUACGUGUACGUGUACCGGGGCGGAUUAUUUGAUCACAUUUUGUCCAACCUAGUCAUGCAAUAGAUGGCCAAUGCAACGCUACAAUAUGAAUAUUAUGAAUAAUUGUUAGUAUGUUUGUUGUCUUUGGAGAUUAUCUUGAUUUUAAGUUUAACUUGUAAUGUUCUUUUGAUAUUUGGGAAUACAUUUUUUACUUUCUUAUUACGUCUUUAUUA